AUGGAAGGGGGGUGGCCCACUGGAGGUGGACUCCUCCUCUGCCUCGCUGUCAGCCUUCUGCUUCAAGGAAAGGCAAACACUUUCACCAUCAACUGCUUGGGUUUUGACCAGCAUGGGGUGGACCCUGUUGCCUUCCAGACUGUGUUUAAACAGAAGGACUUCCGUCCAGUUAUCAAUUACAGCAUCCCCACUCAGGUCAACAUCUCCUUCCCUCUGUCUGCCAUCUUGGAAGUGAAUGCACAGCUUCAGCUGCUGAUGUCAUUUCUGUGGUUAAAGAUGACCUGGAAUAACCCAUUCAUCAGCUGGGACCCAGAAGAAUGCAGUCAUAUCAAUACACUCACGGUGACAACUGAGAACCUGUGGCUUCCAGACAUCUUCAUCGUGGAAUCCAUGGAUGUGGAUCAGACCCUGGAAGGCCUCUCAGUGUAUGUGACUAAUGACGGGCACAUUGUGUAUAGCAAACCAAUGCAGGUGACCAGCAUCUGCAGCCUGGACAUCUUCUACUUCCCCUUUGACUAGCAGAACUGCACACUCACCUUUGGCUCUGUCCUCUACACAGUGGAAAACAUGUUGCUGGGCAUGGAAAAGGAAGUGUGGGAAAUAGUGGACACCUCACGUGACAUUGUCCGCACACAAGGGCAGUGGGACCUCCUGAGCAUCAACAAGGCCACCCCGAAGAUGAAUGUGAGCUCCAGUCUUUUUGACCAGAUCAUGUUCUAUGUGGCCAUCAGGCGCAGGCCUGGACUCUAUGUCAUAAACCUUCUGGUGCCCAGUAGCUUUCUGGUUGCCAUCGAUGCCCUCAGCUUCUACCUGCCAGCAGAAAGUGGGAACCGCGCCCCAUUCAAGAUGACCCUUCUGCUGGGCUACAACGUCUUCCUGCUCAUGAUGAAUAAACUACUCCCUGCCAGUGGCACCCCUCUUAUCAGUGUCUACUUUGCCCUUUGCCUGUUGCUGAUGGUGCUCAGCCUACUGGAGACCAUCUUCAUCACCUACAUACUGCACCUGUCCACCACCCAGCCCCACCCAUGCCCCGGUGGCUACACUCUGCUCCUCUACUGCACCAGCCCAAUGAAAUGCUGCCCCACUGCACUCUGGAAGGAGAAUGUGGGCUCAGGGCUCACCCCCACUCACAUGCCAGGCCUGAAAGAGCCCAGGGAAUUGGUGGGGAAGAAGCUGGAACCCAGAGAGGCAGAGUUACACGGGAGCUCAGGAUUGACAUGGGCCCAACCAACUGACCUGUGGGUACAGUUCAGCCACACGAUGGACACCUUCCUCUUCCACCUCUACCUGCUCUUCUUGGCCUCCUCUAUCAUCACUGUCAUUGUCCUCUAGAACACCUAG